AUGGCACCGACGACAAGCACAUCAACCUGGAAUACAAAGAAUCUGAGUCUGCGUCUGGCCGCAGACAUCACGGCAGCAGCAACAGCAGGUGUCCUCGUCGCUCCCGUCAUCACCGCAAUCGACAAAGCCAUUAUCGAAAAUGCCUCUGGCCGUGCAGCACUGGGGCUUUCCCUUCGCUCCUCAUUCGCAACUCUUGCCCUACGUCCUCAUCGUUUCCUCUUCUCGAAACCCUUUGCUUUGAUCUUUGCUCUGUAUACCGGCACCUAUGUCACCGCAAACACAUUGGACACGUGCUCCAGCACGAUAUCCGCAAAAUCCGCUUCAACUACCACAUCAGGCCCUGCCAAAUUCCUCGCUACCUCUUCUGCAAAUCUGAGUUUGUGUUUAUACAAAGACAGCAGAUUUGCCAAACUCUUCGGCGUGGCUACCUCAUCUCCACGUCCCAUCCCAGGACCCAGUUAUGCAUUAUUCGCACUCAGGGAUUGUCUUACAGUAUUCGCUUCCUUCAACGUACCACCAUUGAUCGCACCACUCAUGCCUCUGUCGGAUAACAUGCAAAAACACGUUUCUGCAGCAUCGGCGGCGCAAUUCGUGGCUCCUGCUGCUAUCCAAUUGAUUUCUACGCCUUUGCAUUUGCUGGGAUUGGAUUUGUACAACAGAGAUGGCAAGUUGGGUGCAAGAGAAAGAAUGGUCAAAGUAAGAAAGGACUGGCUGAAGAGUUCGUUUGCUAGGAUGGCGAGGAUUGUUCCUGCUUUUGGUGUGGGUGGAGUGGUCAAUACGAGGGUGAGAGCGAAUUUGAUGGGGAGGUUGGAGUAA